AUCGAUAAAUCCGCGGAUAAUACCACCCACUGUAAGGCCGGCUGUAAAUGUUUAAAAAAAUUAAUUAUUAGUUCGAUUUGGGAGAGAUCCAUUCGCAACAAGAUACUCGCCUUUGGUCGCCAGGUCUUUGUGUUUCCAUGAAGCUCCUAAAACCCGCAUGGGUCCAUCACGAUGCAAAGCAAAUAUUCUCGGUAGACAUCCAUCAGGACUGUACAAAGUUCGCCACCGGCGGGCAGGGCAACGAUUGCGGUCGUGUCGUUAUCUGGAAUCUUCAGCCGGUGCUCAGCGAGAAGGAUGAGUUCGAUGAGGCAAUACCGAAGAUGCUGUGCCAGAUGGACCAGCACCUGGCGUGCGUCAACUGUGUGCGAUGGUCACAGAACGGCGUGUACCUGGCCUCGGGCUCCGACGAUAAGCUGAUUAUGAUCUGGCGCAAAAUAACCGGAUCCAGCGGUGUCUUUGGCACCGGGGGCAUGCAGAAGAAUCACGAGUCGUGGCGGUGCUUUCACACGCUGCGUGGGCAUGCUGGCGACGUCCUGGACCUGGCCUGGUCCCCCAAUGACAUCUAUUUGGCCAGCUGCAGCAUCGACAAUACUGUCAUCAUUUGGGAUGCCCAGGCGUUCCCCUCGAUGGUGACCACGCUGAAGGGGCACACGGGUCUGGUAAAGGGUGUGUCCUGGGAUCCGGUUGGAAGGUUUCUCGCCUCGCAGUCCGACGAUCACAGCAUCAAAAUGUGGAACACCAUGGACUGGACGCUAUCCGAGACCAUCACAGAGCCGUUCGAGGAGUGCGGCGGCACGACGCAUAUUCUGCGGCUUUCCUGGUCGCCGGAUGGCCAAUAUCUGGUCUCGGCCCAUGCCAUGAAUGGUGGCGUACCCACCGCACAGAUCAUCGAGCGCGAGGGCUGGCGGUGUGACAAGGAUUUUGUGGGCCACCGCAAGGCCGUUACUUGUACGCGCUUCCACAACUCUGUGCUGAUCCGCCCGAUGCCCGACGGCCUCAAGCAGCGGCAGUACUGCUGCCUGGCCGUCGGCUCCAGGGAUCGCUCGCUCUCCGUUUGGAUGACGGCUCUGCAGCGGCCGCUGGUUCUCAUCCACGAACUGUUCGAGGACAGCAUUCUGGACCUAUCCUGGGGCCCCGACCAGCGUCUGCUGAUGGCCUGCAGCGGUGACGGUACGGUGGCAUGCCUGCAGUUUACCGACGAGGAGCUCGGCCAACGGCUCUCCCAGGAGAUGAUGGAUGCGCUGUUCAUGAAGGAGUAUGGGGAAUUGUAUGGCGCCGGUUUGGGCUUUGGCAACAAGACGACGGUGGAGCCAGCCGAUCAGAGCUGUCCAUACCAAUCAGAGUCGUCGGCCCUGCGUACGUCGUCGCUGCACUUUCCCCUGCCCAAUGCCGCCCUGGAGCGACGCACGGCCUCCAACGCCCAGCGACCCAUCAGCCAACAGACCGAGACACGGACAAAGGAUGGCAAACGUAGGAUUACGCCCAUGUUUAUACCGCUCAACGAGGAGGAGCGUGCGCCAACGAUCUCCUCCUGCAGUGGAGUGCCCACAGCAGCAGUGGCAGCAGCGAUAGAGGGUUCGCAUGCCACUACCCCCACGGAGUGUGCCGUUACGCCACGAAUGCCCGAGCCACUUGUGUCGGCGGCACGCAAAAACCAGCAGUCUCAUCGCCGCCAGACGACGGCCUUUGAUCCUAGCCAACAGGCGGACUUUUCACGCAGACCCAAGACCCCCGACGAGCAUCAGGGGACAACGAUGGGUCCGAAACUCAAUAUCACGGCCACGGCCAAGAGUGAGUUCGUAAAGACGGCCCUCGAUUACAGGCUGCUCGUACAGAAUGGUCACCUGAAGACGAGUCACGGAAUGCUGGCCAAGGUGACGGCCAGCAUCGAUAGCGAGUUCCUCUGGGAGUUCUAUGUGGGUUCGCCCGUGGUGAAUGUGAAUCUCUGUGCCAAGUAUUGCAUGCUCUGCUCCCUGGACGGCAGCAUGCGGCUGAUAUCGAUGGAAACGGGCUGUCAUGUCUUCCCAGCCAUUGCCCUCUCCAGCUCCGCUGUACAUUGCGCCUUUAGUCCCGACAACAGUCUGGUAGGAGUGCUCACCGAAUGCGGCCUGUUGCGCAUCUGGAAUAUUGCGUCAGCGAUGAUUAACCUGGCCGCCGGCUGCAAGGAGCUGCUCACCAAGCAUGGAGCGGUCGUUCAGUUCUCGGUGACGGAUCAGGGCAUGCCGCUGAUUGGCUUCCCCAAUGGCAACUCGUACUCGUACUCGACCAGCCUCGAGUCGUGGCUGGUGCUGGCCACCAAGGAUGCGAUCAUGUACCAUGGCAUCAGGGGCACACUGCCACGGGAUGAGGAUCUUGUGGCACGCAAAUUUCCGCUGCUCAGCAUGCAGGCCAGUAGCCAGAAUUACUUUGUUCUCGGCAGCGGCAUGGAACUGAGAAAAUUGGAGAGCUGGCAGCAGACGGCGAAAAUUCUGUUCAUUGACAAUCAAAUCAAGUUGUGCGAGGCCCUGCAAUCGGCGGAUGAGCUCAAGCACUGGCACACGAUGCAGGCCCUCCAAUUGUCCGCCUAUGGCUCGGAGAAGCGUUUGCGCACCUUCCUCGAUGAGCUGAUCUCGGCUUCGGAUACGGGCAUAGCGAUGUUCACGUCGAAGCACGAGCUGGCGCAGUGCGUGCUAGACACGUUGAAGUCGCACGGACAGUGGCGGCGCCUGCACACCGAAUACACGGAGCUCUUGAAGUUCUCUAGGAAUCAGCGCAUUGAGGAUAUCUUUGCCACGCCCGCACCGCCACAGCGACGAUCGACAUCACCCAGUCCGCCACUUGCGCCGCAGCAGCCGGUGUUCCCCAGUCCGCCAAGUGUGGCCCCAACGGUGUCACCCAGUCCACCAAGUGUGCCGCCAACGGUGUCACCCAGUCCGCCGCGUCUUCCCCAAACGGUCUCCCCUAGUCCGCCACGACUGCCCCUCCAAACGGUCUCCCCUAGUCCGCCACAACUGCCCCAAACGGUGUCAGCCGCCAUCCCACAAUCGGGCAUGGUGUUACUUGGUCAGGUUUUGUCGCCCAGUCCGGGAACAGUGUCACCCGACACCCCACAAUCGGGCACAGAGUCAUCGGGCACGCCACCUGGUCAGGUGCUCGCACAGACUGUGACAAUCAGUCCGCUGCAGACGCACUUUGUGUCAUCCAGUCCGUCACAGUCUGGCACACAGUCGCCCGACACACCACAAUCGGAAACAGAGUCGCCCCAACCGCCCAGUCCAUUAUAUCCCUAAGAUAACGGCACUAACGGCAGGGCAGGCACCGAUUUGUGUACUUUUUGCCACGGAAACGACAAGCAUUCAUCAUCAUCAUCAACAUCAUCUCCAUUAUAACUAAACGGCAGGACUCCAUUAUACCCCAAGACCAGCAAUAGCAGCUCCUCUGCUGACUGCUGACUUCCAUCUACAGAACGAUUAAGAAAUUGUACAUCUUUAUAGACUAAGAAACAUGAGGGAGAGCAGGAGAGACGCGCACCGCACGCACUCUAAUCGUGCGUGUGCCUCCAUUUUUAACCUACGUCUAAUUAUUUGUCUGUCUUUUUUUUUAAAUGCGUUUUACCAACUGUACAGUCGUCCUAGAUAGAUAGCAUAAGAUUGCUAAGUAUUAGCUAUAAUUGUAUGUUUUUAACAAUUAAAAUUAUUAAAACAAUUAGCAAACCCAAUAAAAAGAACGUCUUGAU